AGAUGUGGUUAAUGUUCAUAUCUCUGACCCCAUGCCUGCCUGUGUAUUAGUUGGAGUGGUCAGGACCAGUGUACAUCUAUAACGUAUGUAGUACCCAUUAUCUUUUUCCUAAUCAAUAACCUGUUGGUUCACCAAGUCAUUCAUUUUCUUAUUCAUUCUUCUUACAACCAUGAUGAGAGGUUUUCCAAUUUUUCGAUUACCGCAUAAACCACUACGUUUAUUGCUGAAAACUAUGGAGGUGCAAGAUUUAGUGAGGAUAUCGUUUUAUUCAAAAACUGCCAAACAUGCUGUUGAAUCGUUGAAUAUGAAGCUCAUAUAUUUUUAUAUAACAAUUUCUGGGACAAUACAAUUUGAUAUCUUCACUUAUAAUAUGGAAGAUCUCAAUUUGAAAUUGUCUGUGACACAAUCUGAAGGAAGGAAUUUGAUUCGAGUGCACGGUGAAAAAGUAAUGACAGGAAUCAGUUUGCGGGAGUUUAUAGAUCAAAUUCUUACAAUAUUCCAUCAAGCAACUAUUCAUAAGCUAUUUAUUAAGCAUAUCGACUACGAUUAUCUAGAAGAAUUCAAUAAUUUGAAUAUUCAACUUUUACACCUCGCGACUAGGAGCUCACUGAAACAUUUUGCAAGACGAUUCGAUUUUCUAACUUUAGAGCAAAUUACUUGGGAAACUCGAGAUUUCCAGUCACUUGUGGGCCUCAACUUCAAACAUUUAGAAACAAGAAGCACUUUUAAACUAGAAGACUUACUCGUUUCAAAUACUUCUCAAAUACUUAUUCAUGAACCAUUGCCCCUAACAGAUCUAUGCAUAUUUCUAAAACAUUGGAUCAAUGGAUCAACUGAACGGCUGGAAUUAUUCCAUAUGCGUCUUCCUCAAAAUUUUCAGAAGGAAGAAUUUAUUCAGAAUGCCUUAAGUGGUAUUAAAUACAAAAAACUGGACGUCGACCAAAAACUGGAGUUCGAAGCAGCUGUGGAUGUAUGGAAGGACUCACACAGAGAGGUGAAAAACGAGGGAUUUGGAAUCCAAAGGAGCGAUGGUACCUACGCAAUUAUUGUUGUGUGUGAUGAGUUUGCAACUAACAAGUAUUUGAAGAUGUUUGUUUGGAAGCCGAUUGAUUCAAGUAUCGGAGAUCUCCUUAAAAUUGCAUCGUUUUAAAUAGUAUCUACGUGGUCACAAGAGGAAACUUGUACAAAAUUAAUUUAAAUGUUAAACAUCUAUUUUAAAAUGAUUUAUUAUUUAUUUUUCUGUUGAAUAAAUUGAAUAAACUUAAAUCUU